CCCUGACAUCCUCUUGCUUCGACUUUUCUUUUUCUUUUCCCUCCCCGCUCCCCCCAAUAACUUUCCCACCGCAUUUGCUGUGCACCGUACCCCGCCAUGGCUGCCCCGCAAGAACUUGUCCCCCAGACCGAAACCAUCGCGGAGGUUUACGCAACCGACGACGCCUCAACCACUUCGGUCGCUCCGGAGCACCAGACUCGUUUCAAUGCCUUGGUGUCCAAAUUCACCAAGCUAUACUCUCAGUGCCCCGAUUUUGUCGCUCGCAGUCCCGGUCGCGUCAACAUUAUUGGUGAGCAUAUUGACUACAACCUGUACGAUGUCCUUCCGACUGCCGUCAGUGUCGAUGUGAUCAUCGCCGUGAAGGUGGUCCCUGCUACUGGCUCAGAGUCUGUGGUCAAGAUCUCCAACGUGAACCCGGAGAAGUUCCCCACGCGCGAGUUCACCGUGCCCCGCGACACGGACGUUGAGAUCGACCCCAAAAAGCAUGACUGGGUCAAUUACUUCAAGGCCGGCCUGUUGGGCGCCCUGAAGUUCCUGCGCCAACGGAACGCCGACGGCUCAUUCGCGCCGGCUAGCAUGGAGGUUUUGCUCGAUGGAAACGUGCCCCCUGGUGGUGGCAUUUCCAGCAGUGCUGCCUUUGUGUGCGCCAGUGCUCUAGCCGUGAUGAAGGCCAACAACCACGACGUAUCCAAGCAGGACUUGCUCGAUCUGGCCGUUGUUUCUGAGCGCGCAGUCGGUGUUUACUCUGGAGGCAUGGACCAGGCGGCCUCCAUCUUUUCCCGUCGCGGAUACUUGCUUUACACUCAGUUCUACCCCAACUUCUCGGUCCAGCACGUGCCCAUCCCCAAGGCGACUGAAGAAAUCACCUUCCUCAUGGCGCAGAGCUUCGUCACCUCCAACAAGGCGGAGACCGCUCCCCGCCACUACAACCUCCGUGUUGCUGAAUGCACUCUCGCCUCGGUGGUGCUGGCUGCCCACCACGGCCUGACCCUGCCCAAGGACAACAGCUCGCUCGGGUACAGUCUCCGCAAUUUCCACAACGAGCUGAUGCGCAAGGAAGGUCGCUUGGGCGAUCCCUUGGAGUACCAGAUUGACUCCGUGAUCCAGAGCGUUCGGGAGAUCUUGACUCAGGAGACCGGAUACACGCGGGAGGAGAUUGCCGGUCUGCUGGGAAUCACGGUGCCGGAGUUGGAGUCCAAGUAUCUGUCCUCGUUCCCCGUCCAGGCCGAGCGCUUCCUCCUGCGGCAGCGCGCCCUGCACUGUUUCACCGAGGCUCGUCGGGUGCUGGACUUCAAGGCCUGUCUUGCCAAGGCCCACACCUUGGACGAGCGUCGCAUCCAGUACUUGGGCCAGCUGCUGAACGAGUCCCAGGCCUCCUGCCGUGACCAGUAUGAGUGCAGCGCUCCGGAGGUGGACGACAUCUGCGCCAUUGCGCGUCGUGCAGGCACCCUGGGUAGUCGGCUGACGGGUGCUGGCUGGGGCGGUUGCACGGUGCACAUGCUGCCUCAGUCCAAGGUCGAGGCCGUCACCAAGGCUCUGAAGGAGGAGUACUACCUGAAGCAUUUCCCGGAGAUCAGCGAGGAGAAAUUGGCGCAGGCGAUGGUGAUCAGCAAACCGUCGAACGGAUCGUUCUUGGUGACGGGCGCGGCUAUUGCGGAGGUUCAGGUUUAGGGGGUUAUGUUUUGCAGCGUGCAGCGUGGUCCUAUCUAGCGAUGAUGUAA